CUCUUCACCCCCCCCACCACUACCACCCUUUUCCUUCCAAAAGCCACAUGUCCCCACGUCCCAUCCCCAGAAGGUCGCAGGCCGGGUUUCAAGGAUGGACUGUGCGCUGCUGCUGCUGCUACUGCUCUGCCUCUGGACUCUGACUGCAACCGUCACCCUGCAGCCUACAGAGUCUUGCCCGCAGAGACUUCUGGGAGACGAGCGGAAGAGGACGUGUCCUCGUCCGUGUAAAGUGGACAAUGACUGUGGCAGCAAGCGUCAGUGUCUCUGCGACGGCCAUUGUGGUCUCAGCUGUGUGGCUCCAGGUCGUACUUGUCCUUGGCCUCUUCCCCCCAGAGAAGACUCGGUGGCUCGCCUCCUCUCGCCCACCCCCUCCUUUUCCGCCCUGCUGGAAGUGCGAUGCAAGCCGGGAUUGGCUCUGCCCAGCGGCUUGGAUGCCGCCAUUCGCCGUUGUCAAGGCGACCGCCAGUGGAGCGGAGAAGAGCCCAUCUGCGCAGCAGAAUCUCCCACACUCCUGACCUGCCCCCUUCCUGACCAUGUGACCAGCACCUUCGGCAUCGAGGGCGCCGGCGCCGUGGGGACGUCUAUCCGCUACAGCUGCCUGUCAGGGGCCGACAUAGUGGGAAGCAGUGAAAAUUACUGCCAGGAUAAUCAAACCUGGCAAUAUCCUCACCCCAUCUGCAAAAAGGUGUACUGUGAGCCCCCCAGAGAGGUGGAGCAGGGCUACGUGGUGGCGGUCCAAAAGACGGAGUACGAGGUGGGCUUUGACAUCCAUUACCUCUGCAAGAAGAACUUUUGGCUGGAUGGACCCCAGAAGGUCACAUGCUUGGCCGACGGCAGCUGGAGUGCGGCGCCGCCGUCCUGCAGGGCUCGCUGCAUGAUUCCCGCCGAGAGAAGCCGCGUGAUGAUUGACGGCGUGAAGCGCUGGCCCUUUGACAUCACAGACGCCAUGGUUCCUCACGGGGAGAGCGUGACGUUCUACUGCAAGCACCCUCAGCAGCAUUGCAGCUUCGUCGCCACGCGCACGUGCGUCGACGGCGAGCUGCAGCCGCCGGACUGCUACCUCGAGCCCACAUGGCUGCAGUAUAAGCUCUUCCCUCAUCGUCUCGUCUCUGAGAUUGAAGCCUGCGAUCCGGCCGUGGUGGAGACGACCUUCUGACCCGCCUCGGAAGGCACUCGUAAAACACCGUGGGCACCCUGCGGGCACCCCCUGGUGCUCGUCCUAUCAAACUGCAGGCUUUAAUCCCUCACUCAUACGCCCCGGCAAUCGACAUUGUAAAUAGCGAGCAUGAUAAUGGACACUUCAUUAGGUACAUCUUCUCAUUGAACUAUUAAAUAGACCGUGUACCUAAUAAAGUGUCUGGGGGGGUGUUUGGGUUCGGACACCCCUGCUGGUGAUGUACACAGUCGGCGUCUUUUUUGUGCACGACUGCACGCAUCCAGACUUGGAGGUUUUACUGAUUUACCUGAAAUAAAAUGUCGACACGCU